CCGUUAUAAAGAUAAUCUCAAAGAAUAUGUGAACUUAAUCUCCUCCAUUUGUUGAGGAGAGUAGGAAUCUGAUCCUUGCCUCCUUGACUGUCUCAAUCCCUAACCCUUUUCAUGAAUUGGCCCAAACAAUAUGGAGUAGCGUAAUUUCUCUCUUCUCUUUUUUCAUGGCUAUUACAAACCCUGAUUUUCCAAAUCACAUUUGUAUCUUCUUUUUCUGUCCAACAUUCUUCUGCCUAAAAUUGUUAUAUUGGUGAUCCAUUUACUUCAUAUCCCUCUUGGUUUUUUUCAUUCUUCUAUUUUCCCUUCGUUAAAAGUCUUCCCUUUUUGUUAUUUUUUUUCUUCAGUCAUCAAUUUGUGCUUUGAAGGGUUUCUGUUUCUUUGUUACAGCGAUCCUUAAAAAGGGACGGAAUGGCUUUUGAUGAGAAGAAUUUGUGCCCCUCAAAUGGGUCGGUGUUGGACGACCAGUCGAUCAAAAGCUGUGGUUGUUUUGGCAGUUCUUGCUACCUGUGUUGUUUCAACGAGAAUUUAGGAGAGACAUGUUUUGAUUUCGAGAAUGCAAAGGAAGUGGUUGCUGAUUAUGAGGAUGACGAGGAUGAAGAUGACAAGGAUGGUGAAGAGGAUAAAAACAACGAUGAUGAUGUUCUUGAUCGGUUGCCAGUGGACCCUUUUGAACUAGACAUAGAAUCUACAUUGGCAGCAUUCUCAGGUUGGAUUGAGGAUUUUGAAUGGGAUUUCCGACCUGAGGAUAUAGAAUUUGUGCUGGGUGAAACACAUGAAAAGAUCGGUGAUUAUGAUCAUCUUCACCUUUUAGGUCUGGGUUGGGCUUGGAAUGGCCCUGAGAAUCUGCUACCUCAGGGGUUUAGUUAUAAGGAGAAUGAGAUGUCUGUAUCAGGUGAUAUUUUCAAAGGGUAUCAAAAUUUUGAUGGGGUAUUUAGUGGGGGCAUUGUGACUGAGGGAAGUGCAGGGGGAUUUAUGAGGGUUAAGCAUGACGAUUAUUUGGUUCCAAGCACUGAAGCAAUGCAAAACUGCCCCAAAAUUGAAUGUGAUGCUGAAAGAGGUGAUCCUCAUGAUGCUUUGUUUUUUGUCUUGGGUUACCUAGGUGUACAGGACCUUCUCUCUGUUGAACAGGUCUGCAGAUCACUGCGUGAUGCUGUUAGAGGUGAUCCUUUGUUAUGGAGGACUGUGCACAUUAAUCAGCCAUUGAACGAAAAGAUUACAGAUGGUAAACUUGUAAAGUUAACCAACAGAGCUCAAGGUACCCUUCAAUGCCUGAUCCUGGUGAACUGUUUAUGGAUCACUGACAGUGGUCUGCAAAGUGUUUUACAAAGUAACACAGGAUUGAUGAAGCUUAGUGUGCCAGAUUGUAUCAGAAUCACAAUCGAGGGCAUUUUAUUGAACCUCAGGGCUCUUAAGUCAUCUGGAAAAUCUGGUAUCAAGCAUUUACGAAUUGGUGGGCUUGGUGGUAUGUGUCAUGUGACUGAACAGCAGUUUGAAGAGUUAAAGGAAUUACUGGAUGCUAGCAAGCAUUUGCAACAUGGAGAUAGGAAGCCGCAAUUCUACAGGAGAGAGUAUUCACAUAUCUUACGUGAAGAUGGCCGUCAAAUUGACGUAGAUGCGUGUCCAAAAUGCAAGAAAGUGAGACCUAUUUAUGAUUGCCCUGCUGAGAGUUGUCAGCAGAAGCAUGUGGCUGCUCAGCUCUGUAGAGGUUGUACAGUUUGCAUAACACGCUGCAUUCGCUGUGGAAGAUGUAUCAAGGACAUUUAUGAAGAGACAUUUUGUUUGGAGGCUCUUUGUUUGAAUUGUUUUGAUCAGUUCCUGCAUUGUCCAGUGGAAGGGGAAAAGGAAGCUGCAGAAUGCACUAUUAUUGGUGAGAGGACCAUGUAUCAGUUUUGUCUCUAUGGCUAGGAAUGUCUGAUCUUCAUGAUCUUUUGACAAACAUUGGACCAGAAUCUGCACAUCUGGCUGUAUGGUUUCAUUUGUGCAGCAAAGUUGAGAUAUCAUUCGGUUGGAGAGGUACUGUAAUUCCUCAAUAGCUGAGUAUCAGUUCCAUAUCACGAAACUAGUUUUUCUUAAACUGUGAUAGGGAAAAAGAAAAAAGGGUUUUGGAGGGGAAAAUUAAUUGAGAUUGAAUUUGGAAAACAACAAAGUUGAAAAAAGGAAAACAACAAAGUUGAAAAAAGGAAAAAAAACAAAGUGUUGAGUGUAGGUGGAUCAAGGGAAAAGGAGAGGGGAACUCUCAUGUCCAAGAGAAGUUUCAUGAUGUGAUGCCUUCUGUGGUGAAAUUAUUGUCCAAGUUUAUUGAAGCAAAGCAGAUGCAGAUUUUUUAUUCAACAAUGUGAUGAAAAAUUCUCAGUUAUUCUUGAUUCAACGAUGUGGCAUGCAUACAGAUUUUUCCUAACAUCUUUGUGACACAGUCUCCAUCUCCUUUAAACUGUUGAUGAAUGGUGAUGCAGAAGAAGGGCGUGUGCUGGUACUUGCAGUGGAUCUUUUAUCUGGGUUUUGAUCAUGGAAGAAAAAGCCACCUUUUUUUAGUUUUUAACAAACCAUCUUUUGUCAGAGAGAAGAAGCUACACUGUCAAGCUAACUGGGGUUCUGAGAGAAAUAAAUUCAGCCAUUGCAGCUUUGAAUGCAAUGUAGUUCCAGCUUCUGGAAAUUGAGAAAUUAUCCUUUCUGGUAGAAACAAUUGAUUUUUGCUGUUUAUGAUGAAGAAGAAAAGAGGAAGAGAAAUUCUAAAUUUUUGUUUUAUUCCCUAUUUUUUUUUUAUUUGAUUUUCUUUGCAAUUCCUUGUCUUUUACCUUCAAUAAUAAUGUUUCUUUGCAA